AUGGUAGCGCUGUUGAGAAUUGCCAUACUUGAGUGCGACAAACCUGUCGACCCCAUUCUACAACAAAGGGGUACUUAUGGCGAUAUCUUCGAGCAGCUCUUCGACAGAACAGCUUCCGGUUCUAUCAAAGCAAACUUACCAGAAUGGAAAUUCAGCAAAUAUGACGUAGUUGAUCGCCAAAUUUAUCCAUCACUCGACAAGAUUGAUGGACUACUGUUGACCGGAAGCAAACACGAUUCCUUCGCAGACUUGCCUUGGAUCAGUCAAUUGGUUGACUAUGUACGCGCGGCGUUUAAUGCACGAAAACCAAUCGUGGGAAUUUGUUUCGGGCAUCAGAUACUUGCAAGGGCAAUGGGAGCUGAAGUGGGAAGAGAUUCUAGUGGAUGGGAAGUUUCUGUCGACAAGAUUCAUCUUACCGAUACUGGUAUCAGCCUCUUUGGAAAGGAAUCACUGACGAUGCAUCAAAUGCAUCGCGAUGUGGUCCGAACUGUGCCAGAUGGCUUCCAGAAUCUGGGCAUUAGCCCUUGCUGUGAGAUACAGGGACUGUUUUUACCGUAUCGAGCAUUGUCCGUACAAGCCCAUCCCGAGUUCGAUCAUUUCAUCACAACCGCUAUCUUGCAAAAGAGGCAUGCGGAUGGUAUUUUCAGCGAUAUCAUGUACGAGGAUGGGAAUACACGAGCGAUUCUGAAGCAUGACGGAGCUGUGGUCGCUAAGGCCAUUCUCCAGCUUUUUGUAGAUGCACAGAGGGCUCAGGAGUAG